CUUGUUUAAUCAAACUCAAACUCAAACUCCAAAAUGUUUAGUCUAAGGUGUGUUUUGCUAACGCUUAGUGACAAUAUACCCCAUUAUUUAAAAACCUCAACAACAAUGAAUCCAAAAAUAAUUUGGGCAUUGAUGACGCUUGUGUUGAUUGUCAAUCACGUGUCUUCUGAACCAUACUCCGACACACUUUACAUAGACAAUGUAAAACGAGUGAAUCUAUAUCCGGACCAGUAUAAAUCAAUCACCACAAUCAACAUUUCCAGCGAUAUCAUGUUCUUUGUUAUUUCAUAUGACUUCUUUGAGGACUUUUCAAAUUUGAAAACUUUAUCAGUUAAGGACAACUUAUUAAAUAAAUUGAAUAUAACCGUAAACAAAUUAGAAUACCUCGACGUAUCGUACAACUCGUUUUCGGAUUUUGAAGACAUUAACUUUGCACACCUUCCGAAUCUAAUUAGUAUCAAUCUGGCGGGAAACACAUUCGAAGAAGUAAAAUUUUCCGGAGAUACUUUACCACAUCUGAUCAGUUUAAAUUUAUCUGACAAUUCUUAUAUGGAAAUGGUGGAUAUUAGCUCAGAUACUCUGGAAAAUCUAAGUCUUACAAACGUAGAACUGACUCAUUUGAUACUUGAUUUGCCUAAAUUAAAAGAGUUGGAUUUUUGUGAAUCAUCUGUGCGGAGACUGUAUGGAAAGAAAUUAUUAUUGCAAGAGGUAUGUUUCGCAAACUCUCAACGAGACUUUCAUAUUUCAUAUUUAGAUAAACAUGGAGAGAAAGAUUGGUUUAAUUGUGCGUAUAUUGAAUCAGCAGAAGUAAGAAAAGGUAUCAAAUCAGAUAAAUUUAUUAAUUGUAAUUUGAGUACAUUAAGACAUGGGCCUAAUGAUAUUGUUUUAACUCAAGAAGAGUAUAGUUUAUUGUUUAAUACUUUUUUCACUUUAAUGGCGUUGAUUUUUGUGCUGUUAUUGUUAAAUUGUAUUAUUUUGAGGAGAAUUAUGUUAAAACUGAUAAAAUAGUGUAUUAAGUAUCAAGUGGCUAAAUGGGGACUUUACUCACGAGAUUGAUUGAAAGCGAGUGUAUAAUAAAUCGAGUGUAUAACAACGUUUAACCACGUGAAGCUUACGAUAUUUUUUCUACUUUCACUCUAGUUCUACGUUGAGUUUUUUGUAUUUCAACUUUUGUAUUUUAAAUGUAAGGUUAUAAAUGCCAUGUCAAUACAAGCAACAUCAGCGCCGGCUUUGACGUGUUUGACUUACGUCGCAUGGCAUUUCAUACGGUCUUGUGCUGCUACGUAGGCAAAUGCGCAGGCGCAAGCUCCGUCCCGUAGAUAAUGCCCGUAGAUAAUGGAUAUUACUUACGGCUUGACCAUCUGUAUAUAAAAUAUGACUUUUUGUGUCAAAAAACCGAGGAAAAACUGGUGCUGUAUAGGUGGAAAUAAAAAAAAUUAUUUGUAAUCUUAAAUUUGGUUGCCUACGCAACAAAAAUAAAAAAAGAUAAUCUACCAUUCAGGUAAUUACCUUGAUUGACUUUA